UGUUGGUCUCUGUUUACAUUGAGUGUGUGCAAAAGUUGUUCACACACACAGGAAGCGAAGGGGGAAAGAUGGACUCUUAAUUUGGUACAUAUCCCGUGAAUUCUUUCGAGAGUAACGUCUUUAUUUUACACCAUGACGAAAAAUGGCAAGAGCCACUCUGUGGGGAACGGAAAAGGUAAAGAAGAUGCACGACAAAAUCUGAUUGACGAGAUCUGCAAAUUGAGAAGUAAGUCUGUGAAAAGUGGACUCACACAUGCAAAAGUUGAUGCAGCACUGGCCGCCCACCACAACGGGGUGUCAGCAGCAAGUGGUUGUUGCAAUGGUAAAAUCAGAGCGAAUUUUCGAUGGUUCUUUCUGACAUGUAUUCCAAUUGCACUUGGACUUGUUGUGUUUGCCUGCCGUGAAGAGAUUUUCAUGUGGUUUGACGAUCCGUGCAUUAUCGGCAGUAACUUUAUAUUUGCGGAGAUCGGCCGGCCAAACGCUCCGUGCGACCUGUGCCGCAACCUCACCGAGGUACCGACGUACGAGACGAUCACCCCGGCGGAGUUCGUCGCAAAACACGCUUACAACAUCCGUCCCGCUCUCGUGACUGGAGCAACUGCGAACUGGACCGCAAUGGGAACAUUUAAUUACGAUUUCUUUAAGGAACUUUAUGGAAGUCAUCCAGAGGCUUUGGAUGCUGUAGAGAAGGAAUGUCAGUUCUUUCCAUAUAAUACGGAAUUUGGUUCUUUGAAAGAUGCAUUUGAGAUGCCGGCAGAUAGAGCGGCGUUGAAGGAUGGGGAGAAGCACUGGUAUUUCGGCUGGAGUAACUGUGACCCAGUUGUGGCGGUCAAAUUACGGAAGCAUUACCAGAGGCCUUAUUUCUUGCCGGAGAGCUCUGAGUCCAGUGCGUUGGACUGGAUAUUCAUGGGUGGACCGGGGGUUGGAGCAGGCAUACAUUUAGAUAAUGUAGAGAAACCAUCUUGGCAGGCCCAGCUUUCCGGCAAAAAAACCUGGACACUUCUCCCCCUGCCUGAAUGUGAAAAUAUCUGUCACGAACUCCAGGUUACUGUCAACACGGGAGACAUAAUUGUGCUGGAUACCAACCAGUGGUAUCAUACAACACGCAUUCAUCCAGGCAAGAUCAGCAUCACGAUUGGUUCAGAGUUUGACUGAGUGGAUAGAUCAGCACCCAAUUUCAUAAAGCUGUUAAGCAGAAAAUUCCUUUGCUAAGCAAGACACUAGUGGGACACCAGAUACAUGUAGUAGUGACAAGUACAGUAUUUUGGCAGGUUUUUGCUAAGCAAGCAUUUUCUGUGCUUAGCAAGUUUUUGUGAUUACAUGCUUAAUCUGCUUUGCAAGUGCCUUUGCUGAGCAAGAAAUGAGUUAGGUACCAAUCACAGGAAAGGUAAAUCUACCAUAUUUUGGCUGGUAACCUAUUUUUGCUUAGGCAAAAGUUUUCUGAGUUUGGCACAAUUUUGUGCUUACUUGCUUUAUGAAAUCGGUCAUCGGUGUUAUGCCUUUAAUCCACUAUGUACUGCCGGGUACCGACCAACUUGAGCUUGAGUGUGUAUACAGCUGCUGCUUUCUGGUAACUUUUUUUUUUUUUUUUUACCCAUUCAACUUGAAAACAUCACAUGGUUCGAUGUGGGGAAGAAUUCAAGUGGACCACACCCACAUUCGAUGUGACCUGAUAUUUGAGUCAGACUGACCUGGAAUCUGGCUCAGAGUAUUUUGGACUCAGAUUUACAAACUUUUUUUGACCCUAAAACAUAUCCAUGGUGCUAUAUUUAGAGGUUGACAGCCUCUCUACAUCACCGCAAAUAGAACUCUAGAGGAUUGGUCAUAGCAAGUGUCUUUGACUUUCUCAACUGCAAAGGAGAUUAUUAUUCUAAGUACUAUACAUUGAUGGACAUACUUAAAAGUGACAUAUUUUCUCAUUUCAUGAUUUUUAAUAAUAACUGGCAUUUUCCCUCUUGUAAAGAGACAAUGAAAGUUCAUUCAUGUCCUUUCUUGAAAAUUGAAUAGAGUUAUUCAAAUAUAUUUGUUUAAUGUUAAAAAAAAAUCAGUGGAUUGCUGUUUCAUUUUUAAAUUUUGGUUUUGGAUCCAUCUUUUGAUUUCAGUUUCAGUAUUCUUUGUUUGUACAGUGUAUUUAUCUGGAAAGUACUUUGAAGAAGUGUUCUAAGUAGAAUGAAAAGAUCAAUGAAAUAACCUUUUUGAAAUUCCUUACUCAACAGUCUAAGAAAUGUUACAUGCAGAAAUGUUUCUCAGAUUGAAAUGUUUAUGAAUCCCUCUCUCUAAAAUCACAUUCCUUAGAAGGGAAGCGUUUCUCAAAAUGUUAUACGUCAUCAACAGCUGCAGUGCUUCUCGUGAAAGUUUUUAUGGUCAUUAUUUUUUUCCGUAAUUACCAAAGGUAUACUCUCCCUUUAAACUCAUAUUUAAUCCAAAUAUAACCAGGAUGAAUUUGUUUUUUGGGCAUUUUUCUUGGGGGUUUUCAUCCCACACCUGAAAUUGAACACUUCUUCUUGUUUCUUUCUCAUCCUGUUAUUUGUGCUUUUUGUGCUUUUUGAUGUGUUAUCAAAUAAAUACAGACAACUCAAUUUAGGAAUGUUACUCUAUUUUUACACAACUCACUUUUAGUCCAAGCAAGUCUCCUGUGCAAUAUACUUCACCUAACCCUCUCAAGAAAAAAAAAGAAAGAAAAAAAAAAUGAUUUAAAAUUCCCAACUAUUGAUGAUGCACCUUGGGACAAACACAAAUGCACGGGUCGGUUGACAUCCGUUUUUAGAGAUAUAAAAGCAUUUGAAUCUCAUGAAUAACUUAUAAACCCUGACGCUAAGGGCAAGUCAUGCAAAAGUCAAAAUGAGUGAGACUUGUCGCUAAUCUCACUUUCCUUCAAUCCCUGACGGACGGUUCAUAGGAAGGUAUUGACACUUGGGACCGGGGGAACCAGGGACCCAGCUGCCACUACCUCUAGUAUAAUUACAACCCCCGCUCAAGUUUUUCGCAGUUUCGCGUUGCGGAACUGUCAGAUCAAAGAUUUUGAGAUUGUGUUAGAAAAACAUGUUUGAUGCUUGCUCGAGCUGGGAUAGAGUUAAGUGGAGGUGUUUGGGUUGAUUGACUUAUAGUAUUGAAUGGCUGUUUCUUCUUUAAUUUAAUAUAUUUGAUUUUUCUUGUUUUUAUUUUUCUAAACGACAAGUGUGCACACUGUUUACUCUUCUAUGAUGUUUUCACAAAAUUGUUUGACCAAUGUGGUGAUGAAAUUCUAGUCAUGGUAAAUUCCUGAAAAUUAGAGGAAUUACAAAUCCUCUGCUUUCCCAAACCAAUAUUUUCCUUUCUGUCAUGCGGAUUUAAAA